AUGGACACAGAAUUACAGCAUGCCAUAGAUAAAUUGAAAUCAAGAAUCUCGCUUUUGAAGAGUACAUACAAAGGCUGCUCAGGAUGCAUCCUUGUCAUCGGAGGAUGCGAGUAUUACACAGGUGCUCCGUACUUUGCUGCAACGAGCGCAUUUCUAACAGGUUCCGAAUUAGUAUACAUAUUCACUAUGCCUGAAUCAAUCAUAUCCUUGAAGAAUCUGCUUCCUGAAGCAAUAGUAUGUCAGAUAAAGUGCCAUGAAUGGAUCCUAAAUAGAGUUACUGCAUGUGUGGUAGGGCCAGGCUUGGGACGGCCAGAACCGCACGUAUGCAAUGAAAUAUCAAAAAUACUCUUAUAUCUUGAUAAACGCAAUGUUCCUAUCGUAGUUGAUGCAGACGCCAUAUUUCUUAGUACAUCUCUGAAUAUACAAGCACUUACAACAAAAAUAAUCACUCCAAAUAUCUCCGAACAGCGUCAUAUUCAUACACUUGAUAAAAAUACAUUCUAUGUUAUGAAAGGUCCAAAAGAUCUUAUCAAAUGGAACAAUAUCCAGAUCGAAAUUAGCGAAAAUGGCUCCCCAAAGCGUAUAGGAGGGCAAGGAGACAUACUCACAGGAGUUAUAGCAUCAAUAGUAUCCAAAUGUACAUUUCCAAUCAAUAGCAUGGAUAUAAUUGCAUCGAUUUAUCUUGGAUGCAUACUUGUUCGUAAGGCUGCACAUACUGCAUACAAGAAGCAUUGGAAGACUGUAAUUACAAGAAAUAUUCUAGGUGCAUUGAAAGACACAUUCGUGUUGGAAUUUAAAUCUCAUUCAUCUGAUCCACGUGACAUUUGA